AUGAAGCAACCUGUUGUUGACGAACAAAACUCGACCAGCGCCAGAAUCAAGCCCGGCCAACUAUGGGGCAAGAACAAGGAUGACUUGAAGAAGCAACUCGACGAGCUCAAGUCUGAGCUGGGCCAACUGCGCGUGCAGAAGAUCGCCGGCGGUGCCUCCUCAAAGUUGAACAGAAUACACGACCUCCGCAAGUCGAUCGCCCGAGUCCUUACCGUCAUCAACGCCAACCAGCGACACCAGCUCCGCAUCUUCUACGCAAAGAAGAAGUACCUCCCUCUCGAUCUCCGACCAAAACAGACCCGUGCCAUCCGACGACAACUGAGCAAGAAGGACGCCAGCAGAGUGACCGAGAAGCAGAAGAAGAAGUCGACGCACUUCCCCCUACGAAAAUUCGCUGUCAAGGCUGAGGCGUAAAUGAGUUGAGGAUGUUCAGUGUGGUCAAUUGAUUAGCUUUUUUCGGCAGAGGUGGGCUCUCAUCAUCGGACAUGUCGCGAAUGAAUGGAUGCCAAAGGUGUUUUCUGAAACUCGUCGUCUGCAGAAUGAGCAGCGAGUUCAGCGGCAUAGGUACGGAGAUGGUAUCGGAGGAUCCAAGUUGAAGGUCUUAUCCCGUCCACAGUACAUGGUGCAAAAAUGAAAAUCAAAGAAUUCACGAGACACUCGCGAAUUACUGGAUUCUUGCGUUACAAUGCGG